AUGCUAUCACUAGGUUCAUCUACGGCGGUGUCGGAAUGGGACUCUGACGCCACCUUUUUCUCUAUUCAGCGAUCCUAUACCUGGUCUCGUGUUUGUCAUUUCCUCUGGCCUUUCAUCAUCGUGAUCUGCGGUGUCCGAGCCAUCUUUAUGAUUUGGGAGCUCAAUCGCGGACGCGACAAGAUCAUUUGGGAAUGCCAAAACGGAGGUCAGCAUUGGGGUGACACUCCAGAAGUCGGUUACAGUUCAACUGUCAAGUUUCCCAGUGGAAUUUGCGGACCUGGAUUCCAAACUCUACUCACCGCUUUCAUCGUCUCUCUCCUGGUAGACUUGGGCUUCCAGCGGUAUACCACAAUGAAGGGUCCCUAUGGUGAAGAUUGCCAUGUUGUUACUUUGAGUGGCGUCCAACAUCAGUGUAGAGACGUGACACAAUUCAAAGCUUGGGCCAUGACAGCAACAGACUUUUUGUUGCACUGUCGAAAGAGAUUGAAUCCAGAUUAUGGUGCCACCCUGAGAAUCUAUUGGAUUGCAUUCGGAUAG